AUGUCGGUAAAACAGUUCUACUUGCUGGGUGAGCCCAGUGCUUCCGCUCGUAAUGUCGAGUUGGAGUCAACUCUCGAUUAUGCUGGAAUUCAACUUUGGGUUGCAGGACAGUUUGCUAUCGUUGAGCCCACUGGUAUCUCCUUCCAGACAGAAGACGCAGAGCUCUCUACUCCAUCGGAGAUUCUCACAAGUCAAGACCCCAUCGCUAUCGCCAUCGAUGGCAAACCUGUGCGAGAAAUUCCGGGUCCCAAAGGCCUACCAUUUGUGGGAAACUUCUUCGAAGUUUACCCCGAUCAUUUAGGAAACCAUCAACGCCUAUUUGAUCAAUAUGGCCCAAUUUUCAAGACCACCAACAUGGGCCGUACAAUCUAUCAUACCAACGAUCCUCAACUGUCACAGAUUGUCUUUUCUGAGUCGGACUUUUUCACCAAGAAUAUCAACGAGUCACACCCCUUGUACCCGAUCAAAAACAAGGAGGCCGGUGUCUUCUUAGGAGAUACUGACACCCCCGAGUGGCGUGCUGCUCAUAAGUUCCUUCCUCCUGCUCUUGGCCCCAAGGCCGUUCGUCACUAUGCGCCAACUAUGCAGCAGACUGUCGAGGAUGCUUUCUCUGUGUUUGAUCACUUUGACGAGCAAGGUGAAGCAUGGAAUGUUUACCAGUACAUGCUGAAACUGGGUUCGCAGGCAGUUGGUAAGCUGGUGCUGGGCAUCGACUUUCACCACUUUACCUCUCCCACUGCCCCGCCUCACGAGCUGGUGUACCGCAUUGCGGAAUCGUUGACUCUGAACAAGAAGGUGUCGGCGUGGGGUGACUGGUACGGUAAAUUGCCAUUUGGUGAUCCGAAGAAACUGCGCGACGCACGAGUACGGAUCGUCGAAAUGGUCACCGAAUCCAUCAAAAACGCAGCCCGUGGUGGUAUCAAAGACCUGCCCCUUCAGGAUGCAGCUCUCACGGCUUCCAAUAUGGUUGACUAUGCCAUUCGUGCCACAGACAACAAGGGCGAGAAACUGCCCAAGGCAAGCUUGAUGUCAGCCUUGGUCGUAGCCACUGGUGCUGGAUUCACCACAACCAGCUCCCUCCUCUCUUGGCUCCUUUACUCCGUCGUCAACUACCCAGGCAUGCAAGAUCGCCUGCUGCAAGAGCUAAUCGAUCACGACAUCGAUGCCGACACCCUAAUCACAGCGGAUUUAACCGACAAAUUGACCUUCCUGGACAAAUUCAUCAAAGAAACACAACGUCGCCACAAUCCCUCCUACCAACCCGCUCGCACAGCAAAGGUCGAUAUGAUUCUCCCUGGUGGAUACAAACUCCCCCAAGACUCCAUCGUCAUCCCAGCUCUCCACCACAUCCACAAUAACCCGAACGUCUGGGAUAAUCCUGCGCGCUUUGAUCCCGAUCGCUGGGAUCGCGACGAGGUCAAGAACCGUCACAAGGCUGCAUACAUUCCUUUCGCUGCUGGACCGCGAAUGUGUAUUGGAUUCAACUUUGCUUUGCAGGAGGUGAAGGUUUUCUUACCGAAACUUCUUUAUCGGUAUAAGUUUACUCGAGAGAGUGAUGGGCCGAUUGAGUAUGAUCCUAUGUUCCAGUUGAUACGACCAAAUAAUUUGUAUGUUCGGGCUGAACGACGAGUGAAAUGGCCACCGAAGACUGAGUGA